AUGGCAGCGCCACCGAGUCCCCCCCGGCCCCUCCCCCUCCUCAUCCUCAUCCUCCUCCUGCCCGGAGGGGGCCCCGCAGGUGUCGCUGUCCCGCGCUCCCCCCGGGCUCGGUUUCUCCCUCCGCCGCUGUUUCGUGUCCCCGCGCUCGUCCCCGGGCCCGCCCCGGGGUCCCCCCCCGGUGCCGCGGCCGCUCGUGGUGCUGCGGGGGGGCUGCGGCGCGGGGGGGCCGCGGCGGCGGCUCCGGGGCUCGUUCGUGCUCCCGGCGCGGUUCCCGGAGCCGCUGCAGUUCCUGCACUGCCGCCUGCGCCUCUGCCGCCAGCGCGGCGGCCCCGGCACCGGCACCGGCCUCGGCACCGGCACCGGCACCGGCAGCGGCAGCGGUGCCCCGCCGGGGCUGCCCACGUGCCGGGCCGAGCCCUGUCCCCGCAGAGGGGGCGGAGCCUCCGGAUCAGGCCACGCCCCCAGACCCCGCCCCCGCGCCGGCCCCGCCCCCGGGCGCGCGCUGCGCACCGUGACCCGCCCGAUCGUGGUGACACUGGGGACACCCGCGACCCCCGCGCCCGGUGCCCCCCCGGGGCUCCCCCCGCUGCCGUUCCCGCCGCCCCCGCCCUUCCUGCGCCCCCCGCCCCCCCCCGGGAGCGGCCCCGGGCCCCCCCCGCGGCUCUGAGCGCUCGGGCUGAGAAAUUCCUGAGGGAAAAGGAAAUUGCGGCAGCGGGAGACGGCGGCCAGAGCUCCUCCAGCCCCGAGUCCUCGCUCAGCUGCUCAGGCCUCACCCCAGCAGUGCUUUCCAGGGAGGGAAGAGCCGCAGCCCGGGGUAAUUCCCAUGGCAGGGGGGAGACAGAACGGGCAGACGGGGAUAUUAAUUAAUCAGAACUUCUGCCGUCCGUAAGCAAAGGGCGCUGACGCCUUCGCUCAUUAAAAUGUCCCAACUGUGCAAAGCUUUGCUGAUGGGGGAGCGGGGAGUGGUCUUUGGGGACCCCCGGCAUUUGGGGG